AUGGAAAAAUCCAAAAAUUUCCGUAUCGACGCGCUGCUGGCUGUCGACCCUCCGAAGGCGGCGGCGGGGCAGAGCGCGCCGCUAGCCCUGGUCACCUCGCUGGGAGGCGGCGGCAGCCCCCCAUCCUCCUCUUCCUCCUCUUCGCCCUCCUCCUCCUCCGAGCAUCCCUCCGGCGGCGCCGCCGACAGCCCGUCCCCGCCGCGGCUGCUGGCCGCGCACUGCGCGCUGGUGCCCAAGCCCGGGUUCCUGCCCGCGGCCGGAGCCGCCCCGCACCCCGCGGCCCUGGGGCUGCACCCCGCGGCGCCCGCAGCACAGGCGGCUCUCUACGGGCACCCCGUGUACGGCUACUCGGCGCUGGGCGGCCAGCACCCGGCUCUCUCCUAUUCCUACUCGCAAGUGCAGGGAGCCCACCCGUCCCACCCCGCAGCAGACCCCAUCAAGCUGAGCGCCGGCACCUUCCAGCUGGACCAGUGGCUGCGAGCUUCCACCGCCGGCAUGAUCCUGCCCAAAAUGCCCGAUUUCAACUCCCAGGCGCAGUCCAACCUGCUGGGGAAAUGCCGCCGGCCCCGCACGGCUUUCACCAGUCAGCAGCUCCUGGAGCUGGAGCACCAGUUCAAGCUCAACAAGUACCUCUCCCGGCCCAAGCGGUUCGAGGUGGCCACGUCGCUGAUGCUCACCGAGACCCAGGUGAAGAUCUGGUUCCAGAACCGACGCAUGAAGUGGAAGCGCAGCAAGAAGGCGAAGGAGCAGGCGACGCAGGAGGCCGAGAAGCAGAAAGGGGGUGGCGGGGAGGAUAAGGGGGAGGAGGACCUGCUGCUGCCAGCCCCGGAGAAGAGCAGCGGCAGGAGGAUGCGGGAGCUGCCCGACAGCGAGCCCGAAGAGGAGGAAGAGGAGGAGGAGGAGGAAGAGGAGGCGGCGGCGGCGGCGGCGGCCGGGCGAUGCUGCCCUUACCACUCCUCCGACUGCUCCGAGGCGGAGGAGGAGGACACGCAGCCCCGGGGCCGGCACGGAGCCCCGGCGCAGCCCCAGUGACUCCCCCGCUCCCUCCGCCCCGGGGGGGAGCCCCGCUCCCCGCCGCCUUCCGAUUUCUGCCCGAUUGGAGGGGGACGGAGAAGAGGAAUCCUCCGCAUG